UUGCUUGCUUGCGAGGCCACGCAUCUUGGAUAGCUAGGUGAAGUAUUAGUGAUUUGAAUCUAACAUCAAUUUGAUAUCUUCAUUUGUAUGAUGUUUAUGUGUCAGUAAAAACUCUCACCCAAAAUAUCAUCGCAAGACACCUGUAAGACACAACCAUGGCUGUAAGAGCAUCAUUUGAAAAGAACAACGAAAUAGGCUGCUUCGCAAAGCUGACCAACACAUACUGUCUAGUGGCCAUUGGUGGAUCAGAGAAUUUCUACAGUGUGUUUGAAGGGGAGCUAUCGGAGACCAUCCCAGUGGUCCACGCCUCCAUAGCAGGUUGUAGGAUAAUCGGGAGAAUGUGUGUGGGGAACCGCCACGGGCUUCUGGUGCCCAACAACACGACAGACCAGGAGCUGCAGCAUAUCAGGAACUGCCUGCCUGACUCCGUUCGCAUUCAGCGGGUUGAGGAGAGACUGUCCGCCCUGGGCAAUGUCAUCGCCUGCAAUGACUAUGUAGCCCUGGUCCACCCAGACCUCGACAGGGAAACUGAGGAGAUUCUGGCAGACAGUCUGAAGGUGGAGGUCUUCCGCCAGACAGUGGCCGAGCAGGUCUUGGUGGGAAGCUACUGCACCUUCAGCAACCAGGGAGGCUUGGUCCACCCCAAGACCUCUAUAGAGGACCAGGAUGAGUUGUCCUCCCUGCUGCAAGUUCCCCUGGUGGCUGGUACAGUGAACCGUGGUAGUGAAGUCAUUGCAGCCGGGAUGGUGGUGAACGACUGGUGUGCAUUCUGCGGCCUGGACACCACUAGCACAGAGCUGUCUGUCAUAGAGAGUGUGUUCCGUCUCAGCGAGGCUCCACCCAGCGCCAUCGCCACCACGAUGAGAGACUCUCUGAUUGACAGCCUGACUUAAGUGCUGUGUCUCCUGUCAGUCCAUCCUACCACAGAAGGGGAUACUCCUGUGAGGCAACAAGUGAGACAUCUGUCAGAGAAUUCUCCUACUAAACACCCCUCCUCCUACUUAACAUCUCUUCCUCCCUCCCUCCCACCUGACUUUCACUCUCUUCCUUUACACCUUCCCAUUUCCUCCUCUCCUUCUCGGUCCAGCUUCAAGGGGUUGGAAAGCACUGGUGGCCUGGUGGAAUCCUUAUACUUAAAGGAACAUUACGCUUCAAAAAAAUGGUUUUAUCAAUAGCCCUUUCAGACUGAAAGUGCCUUAAAAACUCUUGUUUUGUCGUGUGGUUCCUGUGUAACUUUGUAUGAUAACAGAAGUAUUGUAACUUGCAUUGAACUGACCAUGUCAAAUAAAAGGCUUUUUAGUGAAGAGUGAAGGCCCCACUCCAUGUUAAAGUGUAGAAGGCAGGUUUUCACUUCCUGGUUUCCAGCCAAAGGUAACUGCAUCUGUAGCGGGACAGCAUUCCAAACCAACAUAAUAGGAUAUGAGAUAGGACAAGAGUCAUACUGAAGUGGGAAAUGUCCGUUUAGUCUUGUCUUUGUUGCAAUUGUCUAUUGCAACAAAUCAAGCCCAUACAGGGUAACAUAAAAAUGAACAUGGAUGAAAUUGAGGAGGAUGCUGUGCUCUGCUGUACUUUGUCUUGUAUAAUUAAACUGAUGUAACCCGCUGA